AUGGAGCUUGUACCUUUCUCGCAAUACAUCCCCAGCCCGCAGCGGAUCCUCAAAGCCAUCACAACGGGAGCGCUUCCAUUUCUGAGCUCGGGGAACCCAGCAAAAUUAGCAUCCAAACAAUUCUCAUCAUGUCCUAAACCAGAGCUAAGCUGUGAGGCCAAGUUUGAUGGCCAAGAUACGUGUUGCUUUAACUAUCCCGGAGGUCACUUCUUGCAAACGCAGUUCUGGGAUGCAGAUCCGGCUAUUGGUCCGGAGGACUCGUGGACCAUACAUGGAUUAUGGCCCGAUCACUGUGAUGGUGGAUUUGAUGAAUACUGUGAUUCUCAUAGGCGAUAUAGCAACAUAUCGUUGAUCUUGGUCGACGGUGGCCGCAGUGAUCUACUCGACUAUAUGAGCGAGUACUGGAAAGACUUCCGCGGCGAUGAUGCUAAUCUGUGGGAGCACGAGUGGAACAAGCACGGCACAUGCAUCAGUACACUUGAAACGAAAUGUUAUUCCGAUUAUGUUCCUCAAGAGGAGGUUGUUGAUUACUUUGAUAAGGCAGUGAAUUUGUUCAAGGCUUUGCCUUCUCAUGAGACCCUAGCAGAGGCUGGUAUUGUACCCUCAUAUGACGUGACAUACAAAAAAGCAGACAUUGAGAAAGCUCUUAAUGAUGCUCACGGUGCACGAGUCACUAUAAGGUGUCAUGGAGGCGCUUUCAAUGAGAUUUGGUAUCACUACAAUGUUGCCGGGCGCUUGCAAACCGGAAACUUUGAGCCAGCUGAUGCAGUCGGAGGAGGAUCAAAUUGUCCUAGCUCUGGUAUUCGCUACAUCCCCAAACGCUCACCCCCGCCUUCAAAGCCUCGUCCUACGACAACUCGCCAACCCGGCCAACCCGAACCAACGGAUCCUGUAGAGCCUCGCCGAGGAAACCUGCGUGUAUACACGGGCGAUGAUCAACAACAACGCGGCUGCCUCAUUAGCCACGGUACUUGGUUUACAUCUGGUACAUGCGCUACCUUCAAAGCGAAGGAUGUCACUGGUGGCUUUAAUGUCCAAACACGCAGAGGAUCCUGUGGCUUCGUAAAGGAUGUUUUUACCUGUGGCCAUCAGAUUCGUAACCCAGCGCUAUUCGAGAUCUCCGAGGACAACAAGCUGACGUACAGUGGCAACACCACUUUCUUCGCCGACAAGGCUCCCAAAGGUCACGUUCAAAGCAAAGUCUUUGCUCACGGGGGCAACGGCGAACAUGCUGUUGAAUUGAGUAUUGCUUGGUUUGAGACAUGA